GAUGGUUGCCAAUGAUAGGAGAAAGAAUGUUUCCUCUAGCAUCAUGUUGCCAUUACCGUCCCGAAACGACGAUUUGACGGAUGAUUUGCGCCAAUUGGUGCUCGAAAGACGGACGACGUUGAGUCGUGUGUCCGUACACCAUCCCAAUAUGCAGAAAGUGAAUUGCCAAACAGGCAAUUGUUGACAACGGCAUUUGUCCCCCCUCGGAACGCCUCUGUAAUUCGAGUGAAUUCGUACUUCGUUCACAGUUCGGUAGGCACUCGUAGCUGUGGUCCCAGUGGAUCCAGAGAUUUCCCUUUCCAGACUAAGGAAAAAAGCAAGCAGAUCUCCCAGGUGCUAUCGGUCAUCUGGCCGAUUGAAAUAAAAUGGAGAUG